CCCAUCCAAAGUUUGUUCAAGGUUUGAAAGAUGUAGAAGGUAUAGAAGAAAAAGAAGUUUUGCUUACAGUGAAGGUGGCAGGUGAACCUAAACCAAAGAUUACAUGGAUAAAAGAUGGAACAGAGCUUACAAUUGAUGGAAAAUGCAGGAAGGUAAAAGAAGAUGUAUCAGAUUCAUUUACCCUGGUAUUGAAUAGGGUAACUAAAGAAGAUGUUGGAGAGUAUAGGUGUAGGAUCACAAACAAGUGUGGUGAAGAAUCUACCAGCUGCAAGCUAACUGUUAAAGCCAAACCAAAAUUUAUACGUCAGCUAUCAGACAAAGAAUCGAAGGAAGGAGACGUUGAUGUAGAAUUUACUUGUCAGCUUGAUUCUGAUCCCAUUCCAAAAAUCAAAUGGAUGUUCAAUGAUAAAGAAGUUGUGGACUGUGAAAAAUACAACAUUGUGUGUGAUGAGGCUUCAGGUACAUAUACACUGAAAGUCAAGAAGGCUAGUGCUGAAACAGAAGGGGUAUAUUCUUGUGAAGCUUCAAACAAAAUUGGGAAAGUCAGAAGUUGUGGUGUGCUCUCUGUUAAUGCACCCCCUGUUUUUAUUCAGAAGCUUGGAGAUGUGCAAAUCAAUGAAGGAGAAACUGUAUCAUUUACAGUAAAAGUUAUGGGCAAGCCAAAACCUUCCCUGAAAUGGUUUCAAAAUGAUACUGAAGUCACUAUUGAUGGAGAGCAUUAUAAAACAAAAGAAGAAGCUUCUGACACAUUUACGCUAAUAAUUAAUAAAUGCACAAGAAAUGAUAUUGGACAAUUCUCUUGUGAAGCUAGCAACACAUGUGGGAAAGUUACUACCUGUGGAAAACUGAGCAUCAAAAGUAAACCUAUAUUUCGGAAGAAACUGGUAGAUAUGGAAGCUCGAGAAGGUGACACCAAUGUUCAGUUUGUGGUAGAAGUGGAAGGAAUACCAAAACCAACCUUGAUAUGGUUUAUUGAUGAACUGGACAUCACCUCAAGUGAAAAUUACAAAACUGUUGCCGAUGAUCAGACAGGGAUAUACAAACUUAUUGCUAGAAAGGUUUCAACAGAUCUUGCAGGGAAAUACACUUGCGAGGCUGCUAAUUCAUGUGGAAAAACAGAUAGUACUGCUAUUUUUAACGUUUUAUCCAAACCAAAAGUGCUGAAAGGAUUGAAGGACAUUGAUGUUCUGGAGGAAGAAAAUGUGCACCUGACAGUGAAAAUUAGUGGGUCUCCAACUCCUAAUAUUAAAUG